CCCUCCGACCUUUCCAGUCCCGGCGGCGACCUCAACAGAGACUGCAGAUCUAUGUCUCGGGCCCGUGCGCGCCUACACCACCGACGCCGGCGGGAACAAGGUCUGAGACGAUGGCGCACCAACGCGGAGUGCGGCAGAAUCGACGCCCUGCUUGACACGGUGUUCGGAAUUGGGCACGCCGUUUGCGGGGGGUCAAGGUGACGAGGAGGGGGCAUGUCAAGCCGGAGGACAGACGAGGUCGAUUCGCUGGUCGAUACGUCUGCGAGGGGCAAAGUCGUCGUACAGUACGACCCGAACCAGCUGGCCGACGAGUCCCUGCCGUACACGCCGAAGCACGGCGCGUGUCGCGUGUGGCUGGAGUCGUCGCCGUACCAGCGGGACUGUGUGGCCAACAGCUGCCAGGGCGGCAGAAGCGGGACGGCUCGUGCCCCUAUGCAUCAGCUUCAGGGGGCGAUGGGCGUGACCGUGACGUCUUCUUAUUCUUUAACUACCACCUUUUCUAUCGGCUUCCCACUAAUAAGCCCUACGAUAUCAGUCACUUCUUCGAUUCCGGUGUCUCAAAAGAAGAAGACUUCUUCUUCUCUAGUUACCACGAGGUCGAUUAGUACUGCCACGUCUUCCAGUUACCAGUGCUGCGGUCCGGACUUCGUGUCGGUCGUGACGUUUUCGAUGUUUACUGCAACUGUUGGCUCUGAAAUAGGUAUAGGCGCCAAUGCCUCCAAACCUUAG